AUGGCGGACAUGGAGGAGAACGUGCAGAUUGAUGACUCGGCGGAAGCUGAUUUUGACAUGGGCACGGCCGAGGAUGCGCAAGAGGCGGACGAUGACAAUGCGGAAACUGAAGGUGGCGGCGACACCGCUGCAAACGGGACUACUGCUCCCAACCCUCAAACCAUUUUCCUCGAGUACCUCAAGUCGCCAAUUGUCAGAAUAAUUGUCGGCUCCGAUGGCGACGAGACCACCUUGACCGCGCACAAAGCUAUCCUCCAACAGUCGCCUUGGUUCGACGAAAGGCUUUCUGAACUCUCCGACGACGAUCUCAGGAUCGAGAUGCGCGACGAGGCGUUGGACACCGUAGGAUGCUUCCUACAGUAUCAGUACACCGGGGAAUACUUCCCCCGCCGUCUACCGAAUGUACCAGACGGACUCGAGCCGGAUCCAUCGGUACCCGCGGUUGACAACACUGGCGCGCAGCUUCUCAAGCAUGCGCAGGUGUACACCCUCGCACAGAAACUCGGACUGCCCGAACUCAAGACGCUUGCGCACUCCAAGAUCCACCGCAUCAACUCAACCGCUGUUGGGGAAAUCGCGUACGCAAGAUUCGUCUAUGGCAACACACCUGCCGACGAUGUUACAAUCCGCAAACCUGUUGCUGCAUUCUGGGCCACUCGAUCCCACGUCCUACGCCACGAGGCCGAAGACGAGUUCAAGGCCAUGUGUCUGGAGUACCCACAGUUUGGUUUCGACGUUCUGAGCCUGGUGUUGGAUCAGCGGGAGAAGCGAGCCAGGGAGCGAGAGGAGGAAAGCACCCCAGGUGGUAAAGGGAGGAAAAGAAUGCGCCCGAGCAUCAACAUUUAG